AUGCGCAGAGGGUUUCUUCUCGGCUCCGCAGACACUGGCGCACGUGCAUCGAGCGGUGUACGGGACGGUCGUUCGACUGGAGCAGCUCAGGCGAGUGGAAUGUCUGCAACAGACGAGACUGGAGCAGCUCAGGCGAGUGGAGUGUCUGCAACGGACGAGGCUGAGAUGACUUUUAAUCCGCAUCCCAAGAAGCCCGAGAACAUGACUGAAGCUGAGUGGGACCAGUUCAAGGUAAGAGCGAUGAUGCAGCUCAAGCACAUGCUGGCCUUGGGCAUCGACAUGUACGUCACAGACAGCGGGCAAAUCUGGUCGCAGCAGGAGCUGAAACAGCUCUUAGAAAUCCACGAUGAGAAGUGA